GCCAGCAGCUCCGGAGCAGCGGCAGCAGGAGCAGCGGCGGUGGAUGAACAAGCCUCCAGGUCGUCCCCGAUGGAGCAUCUCUGCGAAGCCAACGGCAGUUUUGCCAUCCGCCUGUUGAAGAUUCUGGGCAAAGAGUCCCCGAGUGAGAACUUGCUCUUCUCCCCCAUGAGCAUCUCCUCUGCCCUGGCCAUGGUCUUGAUGGGGGCCAAGGGGAACACUGCUGCCCAGAUGUCCCAGGCGCUUUGUUUAAAGCAGGAUGGAGACGUUCACCAUGGGUACCAGGCGCUCCUCACAGCCAUCCACACACGUGGCGCUCAGUGCCUGCUGAGAACCGCCAACAGGCUCUUUGGAGAAACAUCGUGCAAUUUUCUGUCAGCCUUUAAGGAAUCUUGUCAGAAGUUCUAUCAGGCAGACCUGGAAGAGCUGUCUUUUGCACAAAACACAGAAGAAUCCAGGAAACACAUCAACGACUGGGUCGCAGAAAGGACUGAAGGGAAGAUUUCGGAAGUGCUGGGUGCUGGCACUGUGGACCCUCUGACGAAGCUGGUGCUUGUGAAUGCGAUCUAUUUCAAAGGGAAGUGGAAAGAGCCGUUCGACCCGAAGCACACACGAGGAAUGCUCUUUAAAACAGGCCAGGGGAAGAAGACCGUGCAGAUGAUGUUUAAGCAGGCCAGAUUCCGGCUGGGCUAUGUCGACGAGGUGCACACGCAAGUCCUGGAGCUGCCCUAUGCUGGGGAGGAGCUGAGCAUGGUCAUUUUGCUUCCCGAUGAGGACGCCGGUCUCGCUGCUUUAGAAGAGGAACUGACCUACGAGAAGCUGCGAGCGUGGACAGACCCCGAGACGCUGACGCCCAGGAAAGCGGACGUGCUUCUCCCGCGACUGAGGCUGGCGGAGAGCUACGACCUGGAGCCCAUCCUUCGGGGCCUGGGCAUGACCGAUGCCUUUGAAGAAGUUAAGGCCGACUUCUCCGGCAUGUCUACCAAAAAGAACGUGCCCGUGUCCAAGGUGGCACACAAGUGCUUCAUCGAGGUCAACGAGGAGGGCACCGAGGCGGCCGCGGCCACGGCCGUGGUUAGGAACUCGCGCAGCGCCCGCACCGACCCACGCUUCUGUGCCGACCACCCAUUCUUGCUGGUCAUCUGCCACCGCGCCACCCACAGCCUGGUGUUCUGUGGCCGGGUCUGCUCGCCUUGAACCGCAGGCCUUGCCACUGUCCACCAGCGCCCUGGGCUUCCGUGCGGGCUCCAGGCUGCGUCCUAAGGUCAAAAUAAAUCUGUGUUCCAGAGCUGA